AUGGAAGAAGUUAUGAGAAAACAACACAAGAUUAUCAACAAACAGAUUAGUGCUUUAGACAGCAACAUAAACAAAGUAAAAACAGAAUUGGAAAAACUUUAUAACAUCAACCAAUUUUUGGCUAUGUCUGUCAUAGCGAACAAUUUAUUGCUGAACUUGAAAAGCAUACAAAACAUGAUGACAGACGCUAUCACCGAUAUAUAUCAUGGAAGGUUCGAUGUUCAUCUCAUAAGCCCUACUCAGUUGAGAAAUGAACUGAACACAAUAUCUGGACAAAUACCUAAGGACUUGACUCUACCUAUAUCAAACAUACAAUCAGAUUUUCAAAAAAUAUAUCAGUUUCUUCAAGUGAAAACAAAGAUGACUAAUAAGUACUUGAUUUUUGAAAUCAGAUUACCAUUGGUCAGCCGAGAUAAUUACAACCUAUACAGAGUUAUACCGAUUCCUCAUAAACGGACCAACAAUUUUGUGAACAUUAAACCGAUUGCAGAUUACAUUGCAAUUAAUUUAGAAAAGGAUAUCUACAUCCCAAUGACAUCUAUCGAUUUACAAGAGUGUAUUAUGUACGAUUUUUCAGCACAUUUAUGCCACCUCAAACACCCCAUAUACCAAAGAAAUUCAGAUGAAGAUCUGUGUUUGAAGAAUAAUUACACAAAUCAGUGCCAAAUAAACAUCGCCGAGUGCAGUAACAUGUUUAUUCAAUUAAAUAAAGCGAACAAUUACUUAUUUACAACGUGCGACAAAUGCAACGUAAGAAUUUUUUGCGGUGAUCAAGUUACCGUGGAACGGCUGAGAGACGCCGGGGUCAUUGCCGGUUGCUCAAUCAAAAGUGAAGAAUUAUCAAUCUAUACGCACAAAAUAUUUACGAGUGAAUUGAAAACCGGACCUGAAAUUUAUACGCCUGAAAUCGCUGCUAUUAACCAAAUUAUCAAGCUCUCUAUCCCAGAAACAGGAGAGUUGGAAAAAGACGCUGACAGUUUCCAAGCCAACCUAACCACCUUGAACGAAAACAUCAAACACCUAAAAUCCCAAAAUGUGAUCGCUGAAAACAUAACAUUCCAUGACAUACAUCAUUACGUCGCGAUUUACAUCCUGGUGGGAGUGGCUGUGAUAGCUGCUAUAUGCCUUGCCUGCAAACGACUACGACAAAGAAGAAACACAGCUAUCACUUCAAGUAUUAGCCUCGAUAACAUAACCACGGAAGGUCUAAGCUCCGCUCCUGUGGCUGCGCUGGCCGCCCCGAGAGCGCAGCGCGCCGCUGCAAUGCCCGCCCCGAGAACGCAACCCGUCGCCGCCAGCACCGAGCGUGCGUCCUCACCCGCGGUCCCGAACGCGUUCAACACUCAAGACCGAGCAACAUCUCCUAUAUUGCGAACUCUCAUUCUUAAACGCGAUGAAGAAUAA